ACGGUGGGAACGCUGAGGAAAAGUCUAAAUUAAUUGGAACGAACAGUUUGCAAGUCUUUAAGUGAACAUGUUGUAAAUGUAAUGUGUUGUAGCCUAAGUUACUUUGAGUACUUCUGUUUUUGUAUGAAAACUAGCAUGCAAUUCCGUUUUCUGCAAUAAGCAAUACUACCCAGGAGCAUUAUAAUGCGCAUGGCAAUACUGUUAAUUGUUAACUUCAGAUCUACCUUUUAAAACUAGUUUCAAUAUUUCCACGUUAGCUGUAAUUGUAUUUCCAAAGCAAACGGACCUUCCUAUAUAGCUAACUUAGUUGGUUGCAUCGUAUGGGUGCCAAGUUGCUGGACUAGGGUGGAGUCCUUUUCAGCUAUAGGCAACUGCUGCAGAUACUUUGACUAAAGGCAGGAACCAGGCAUGAAACCAAUGAGACUACUUUGCAAUGAUUGUAGUCUUGAAUUCGACAGCCUUGCAUGCUACGAAGAACAUGCAGGGGGAAAAGAGCACCAGCAGCAAGUGGCGGAGGUGUUUCAAACAGUCCCACACAAUGGUCAAGUGCAUUUGCCACAUUUUACACUGGGCUGUGUGUCUGAUCCCAGGACGUACCCAGUUAUCGGUCUUCAGCUGGUGUCGCUGUGCAUCAGCACAGAGUGGAGCACUGAUUCCUUUUACCUGUGCCACGCCUGCCAUGAAAAGUGCCGGAGCAACCUCAUCCUCACGCACCUAAGAUCCGUGGAGCAUUACUUCUACGUCUUUGCCUACCUGAACCCUGGGCAGCUCCAUUUUGGCUGGUUUCAUCCCCCAGCGAAUGUCCCGGGUUUGAAAGCGAAGGCUGAGGACGAGGAGAAGCAGCAGGGAACUGGAGUCCUCAGGGUGAUUGAUAUGCCAAAGAAAGUGUUUGAAAAAACUAUGAAAACAUCUUAUUUCCAGGCUAUAAAGGAGCUCACCUACUCUGACAAGCUGAAGGAGAUCUACAAAGUUCAUCUGCCAAAAAGCAGAACUGUGCAGGAAUACCUGAGAAAUCCAGCAAGGACACAACCUUUACUGGGUCUGAAUUUCCUGGUGGAGUAUAGCUGUAUGGAGAGCAGCAAGCUCUGUGGAUACCUGUGUCUGCUCUGCAAGAAGAGGGUUCGAGAAACGCAGAUCAUUGCUCACAUCAUUAGUUUUGACCAUCUCUACUGGUACCUGGAUCAUGUACACCCCUCAUCAAUGUAUACAAAAAGCUGCUACACUUUUGGAGAGAAUUAUAUGGUGCUGAUUCUGGAUCUGGCCAAGCAGGCCCAGGAAAUUAGCACCUCAGGAGAAGUCCAGAAAAUUGAACUGGACGCAGAAGACUUUACAGUAGUCGACACUGGGAGUUAUGCCAACGCCCUAGACUUGCUUAAGGUGAUCCAUAAAGAGCAAAGUAAAAGUGAUCUUCUACCCCAAGUAGUCCCUGCACAGAGACUAGUCUUUUCAAAGAAGAUGACCCAAAGCCAACCAGCUGUGCUAGAACCUAUCCUAGAUUCUCAACAGAGGACUAAGCCAGACCGCACUGGUCUGACGAGUGUAGUUGUACAACGUCAAAGACUUUCAUGCCUGGUAUGCGCCCCGGGAGCCGUGUUUUUCAACAUGAAGGCAUUCAAAAUCCACAUGCGCGGAGGCAAGCACAAGCGGAAAGUGGAACAUUUAUUUCAAACAGCUCUGAACCGUGUUUCAGUGCCUAUUCCGCGGAUGGUUUUGUAUGAAUACAUUCGGACUCAAAGGAGAGGCCCAAUAAUUGGGGUACAUCUGGUUACUGCCUGCAUUGACACACAGACAGCAAAGCAACCCUUCUACCUGUGCCACAUCUGUCAGGACAAGUGCACUGGCGAAGUCAUUCUAGAGCACCUGACCUCCUCCACUCAUUACUUCCACGCUUUGGCAUGUAUGGAUCCAGAGAGGCUCCAUUUUGGCUGGAUGUCAUCCCAGAACAUGCAGUCCAUUUUGGAACCGCAGGUGCGGGCUGUGGAAAAUGAACAGGGAACGGGAUUCUUGCAGGUGCUUGAUAUGCCAGAGACCUGGUUUAAGCAUAUAGUAGGGGCACCAUACACACAAGCUGUGAAGCAGCUAUGCCAGGACGAGGAGCUGAAGGAGAGGCUCAGAGUUGGGAACUGGACCAAAUUGGGGCAGUACCAUAGUAACCCAAACCGGAAAUACCCCUUGCUUGGUCUGAAAUUCUUGUUGGAGUAUAGAUGUACAGAUGGCAACAAGUUGUGUGGAUACCUGUGUCUGCUCUGCAAGAAGACUGUCCGUGAGCCUCUGGUCAUUUCUCACCUUAUUGGGUUUGAGCAUGUCUUCAGCUACCUGGACCUUGCACAUCCCUCUUCCCUAGAUGGGAAAAGCCUUUGCAAACGCUAUGAUGCCUGCUAUGGUGCAUUGAUGCUUGACCUAGCAACUCAAGCGGAGAACAUUGACUCUUCUGGCAAAGUCCAGGACAUCAAAUUGGAUCGGGCAGUCUAUGAGGAAGUGGAUUCAUCACAGUUUUUGCACGAAGCUACAGGCAGUCUCAGGAGAGAAGAUCACGAGUUACAUUCCACUCCUCGUGACCCUUGGACAAAGUCUCGUCCCAAAGACGCACAAGCCAGCCCUCUCGUUGGAGCAAAAAUGCCCGGCUCAGUCUUUGGAGCAAAAAUGCCCGGCUCAGUCUUUGGAGCAAAAAUGCCCGGCUCAGUCUUUGGAGCAAAAAUGCCCGGCUCAGUCUUUGGAGCAAAAACGCCCGGCUCAGUGUUUGAAGCAAAAACGCCCGGCUCAGUGUUUGGAGCAAAAACGCCCAGCGCAGUCUUUGGAGCAAAAACGCCCGGCUCAGUCUUUGGAGCAAAAACGCCCGGCGCAGUCUUUGGAGCAGAAACGCCUGGCACAGUUUUUGGAGCAAAAACACCCGGCUCAGUGUUUGGAGCAAAAACGCCCGGCUCAGUGUUUGGAGCAGAAACGCCCGGCUCAGUGUUUGGAGCAAAAACGCCCGGCUCAAUGUUUGGAGCAAAAACUCCUGGCUCAGUGUUUGGAACAAAAACGCCCGGCGCAGUCUUUGGAGCAAAAACGCCCGGCUCAGUCUUUGGAGCAAAAACGCCCGGCUCAGUGUUUGGAGCAGAAACGCCCGGCUCAGUGUUUGGAGCAGAAACGCCCGGCUCAAUGUUUGGAGCAAAAACGCCCGGCUCAGUGUUUGGAGCAAAAACGCCCGGCGCAGUCUUUGGUGCAGAAACGCCCGGCGCAGUCUUUGGAGCAAAAACGCCCGGCUCAGUAUUUGGAGCAAAAACGCCCGGCUCAGUGUUUGGAGCAGAAACGCCCGGCUCAGUGUUUGGAGCAAAAACGCCCGGCUCAGUGUUUGGAACAAAAACGCCCGGCUCAGUGUUUGGAGCAGAAACGCCCGGCUCAGUGUUUGGAGCAAAAACGCCCGGCUCAUCUUUGGAGCAAAAACGCCCGGCGCAGUCUUUGGAGCAAAAACGCCCGGCGCAGUCUUUGGAGCAAAAACACCCGGCGCAGUCUUUGGAGCAAAAACGCCCGGCGCAGUCUUUGGAGCAAAAACGCCCGGCGCAGUCUUUGGAGCAAAAACACCCGGCGCAGUCUUUGGAGCAAAAAUGCCUGCCGAAUCUAACAAGUCCUAGCAAGGCCUCGCAGAAGCUGUGGGACUACCUGAAGAAUAAGGAACGGCGUGAACCUGUGAUUGGUCUCGAUGCUGUGAUUGAGUGUACAAGUGAUAAUGUGCCUCCAUACUAUCUGUGUGAAACAUGUUCUCAAAAAAUGAGCCAGGACUUCAUUAUUGAUCACCUUACAACCCCCUGUCACAGAUACCAGUAUCUGAAAUCGCAACAACUCCUUAGUAGUUCUGUGGAAAACAUUGGUUUGAACACUGGAGCCAUUAACGAGAGGGCGGUUUCUGUGGAGAAAGCGAGAGGCUUUGGAGAAGCACAGGUUUUUGAUUUGGAUGGCGCGCAAUACAAAGAAAUUGUUUCAAGUUCCUUUGAUGUUGCCCUAAACAGGUUGCACACUAUCCAGAAAGAGCAGAGUGACUGUGAACACCUUCAGACCUCUCAACCAAAACAAGACAUUCAGACUGUCAACAUGCAGGAGCCUACAGAUGAACCCUCACCGAAUGUGAAAUGUACAGGGACAGGGAAGAGCUUGUUUUUUGGACUACCAGAUGAAACCACUGUGUCAAAAUUGUUGGACAACUACCUCAAGAGCAAACUGAGUACACUACCUGUUAUUGGUCUGAGCUCAUUGAUCGAGUUCUAUGGUGAGAACAAGCCUGACUCUAUGGUGUGCAAAACUUGCUCCAAGGCAGUAUCCAUAAACAGCAUUAUUGGCCACCUCAUUGGACCCACUCAUCGAUACAAGUACAUUAAGUCGGAGCACCCUGACCUCCUGAGAGGAUGGAGUGACAAUCCCAGCAUGACAGAAAACAUCACAAAACUCCACACCAUAGCACAGCGUGUUGAGAAGGAGGAAGGCUGCGGACAGUUCACGGUAAUUAAAUGGCAGGACCAUACUGUUGAGUUAACUGGACCAACUUCCAACAGCAAAGUUCAGUCUGUUCAGAUCUCAGCAGCUCUGCAGCCACCAGAGAACUAUUCAGAUCCAGAGAGAAUGUCUCAACUUCUGACAUUUUUGAAGAAGAAAAAGAAGAAACAGACUGUUGCACUUAUUGGGCUGAGGGAGAUGAUUGAAUGCACCGCUGUCAGCCGGUCUGCUUUUUACAUCUGCACGGUCUGCAAAACCAUGAUCCACAAUAAACUCAUCAUGCCCCAUGUGGCUGGACUCUGGCAUCGUAUUAAUUACAUUAAGAUGCAGUACCCCAGUUGGUUGAAACCAGGUACAAAGAAGCUUGGAAGCAAGCGACAGGCAUAUGUCCAGAAGCUGGCUGGAAUUAUUCAAGACAAGGAGGGCAUUGGAGAUGUACAGGUUGUGGAGCUGGAUGAGGUGCUGCACGGGAGACCCGUCUCAAAGUCAACUGACAACGCCCUGGAGCAUCUCCAGAUGUUCCAAGAAGAGCAGAUGGAACAGGAAGUCACCUCCUCAUUUAAUCCUGAACUCAUCCCCAAACAGCCCCCCUGCCUGCUCAACCAGCAUGAUGCUGCUAAUAAAGAGGAGAGGGUUAUGAUUCAGCCCGCUCUGCAGGACCCAGAGAGCACCAAAGCAAAUGAAGGUCAGUGA